UAGUACAUAUAUGCUGGAAAAGAAAAAAGAAUACGACCAAAGGCCAAAACGGAAAAACCCGCCUUUCAAAAUUUCCCGCCAAAAAAUGAGAAUUGCAGAGAUAUCCUCGCCGGAGCUCCGGUCGCUCCACCGAGACACGGAGCCUAACAACCGUAGCCUCUUCCAAAUUGAAACAAUCGUUAAACAACUCGAAACCCGCUCUGCCGAAAAACCACCGCCGGAGACCGUCGUCUCCGAUCUCCGGCAGUGCCUGACUCAGCUGAGUCAACUCGCUUCGUUUCCAAACUCGUUGAAACUUCAGAUUUGGAAGCUCAGCUACCGCCUCUGGAACGCGUGCGUCGACAUCUCCAACACCACCGCCAUCCGCUCCUCCUCCUCCGCAACCACCGAAAGCCAGGCCGAACUCCGGCACAUCGCCGCGGACCUCCUCUCAAUCGCCGGCGACGUCGCCGGCAUCCCAUCUCCGGCGAUAAAAUCGGCGUCGUUCUACCACAAGACUGGCCAGAUAUGGCACAGCCUCCAGAAAUUCGAUCUCGCCGCGAAGUGCUUCGAGCGCGCCACGGAUCUGGUCUCGAAGCUCGAAAUCAAUUCAAUCACCGACGCCGGAGAGCGGAAACUGUUGCUGGAUCUGAACCUGGCUCGGUCCCGAACCGCGUGGGAGGUUCGAGACCCGAACCUGGCGGUGGCGCUGCUGAACCGGAGCAAGAGCUUCCUCUUCGGCGCGUGCGAGCACUACACGGAUCUAGCAAAGCAGUUCAUGGCGUUUGGGAAGCGCGCGCUGUCGAGCGGCGGCGGCGAGGACGCGAACCGUGAGGCGCUGAAGCUGAUGAACGAAGCGUUGGAGUGUUGCGAGAAGGGGUUCGGUGCGGCGCGAACACGGGAAGAGAAGGUGGAGAUCCGAGGGUUGAGGUGGAAGGCGCUUAGAUUCAUCGCUGCGAUUCAUUUGCAGAAAGAGGAAUUUGAGAGUGUGAUUAAGUGUGUGAAGGUUUUGAGAGAUAGUGCUGAUGGCGGUGAUGAGCAUCCGAGUCUUUCGGUGUUGGCGAUGAAGGCGUGGUUAGGGUUGGGGAGGCAUGGGGAGGCGGAGAGGGAGUUGAGGGGGAUGGUGAUUGACAAAGGGAUUCCGGAGGGGGUUUGGGUGUCAGCGGUGGAGGCGUAUUUUGUGGCAGCAGGGACGGCGGGGGCAGAGACGGCGAAGGGGGUGUUCUUGGGGCUGUUGGGAAGGUGUCAUGUUAGUGCCGGCUCGGCAGUGAGGGUGGCGCAUAGGGUGGCUGGGGGUGGUGGGGAAGGGGGGAGACUGAGAGCUAAGGUGGUUGCUGAGCUUGUGUCGGAUGAGAGGGUGGUGGCCCUCUUUGCAGGACAGGAUGCUGCUAAGGAUAGGGUGGCAAUGCAUGCUGUUCUGUGGAAUUGUGGUGCCGAUAAUUUUCAAUCAAAAGAUUAUGAGACCAGUGCGGAACUCUUUGAAAAAUCAAUGCUAUAUAUUCCAUAUGAUGCAGAGAACAGAAUACUUCGAGCAAAGGGCUUUAGAGUUUUGUGCCUCUGCUACCUUGGUCUCCUGCAGCUGGAUCGCGCUCAAGAAUACAUUAAUGAGGCUGAAAAGCUUGAGCCUAACAUUGUCUGUGCUUUUCUUAAGUUCAAAAUUUAUCUCCAAAAGAAUGACCACCAAGGUGCUAUUAAUCAAAUUGAAGCGAUGACAACAUGCCUUGACUUUCAACCAGAUUUUCUCUCACUUUCAGCACAUGAAGCUGUUGCAUGCCAUGCUCUACCUAUUGCUGUUGCUUCUCUAUCAAGUAUGCUAAAGUUCUAUGCUUCAGGAAAGUCCAUGCCCACAGCAGAAGUAACAGUUGUGCGCACCUUGCUGACAGUCCUCUCUCAAGAGCCGGGUAACGAACAGCAAGUAAUAAAAUUCCUCAAACACGCCCAUACACGAGCAUCGGAGAUUGGUCCUGAUUGCUUCUUUGGAAAAGAGGAAGUUGGAAGACGGGAACGGAAUUGGUUUGCUGUGACUUCAUGGAACUUUGGGACAAAAACGGGACAGGAUAAGAACUAUGAAUCAUCUGCCGUGUUCUUAAAACUGGCAUCAGAUUUUUAUGCUCUAAUUGAGGGGUCUGAUAAUGAGAACAAUGUCAUGGUUUGCAAAUCGUUAGUGCUUUCUGUAUCAUCAAUGAUAGCUUUAGAAUUUGAAAGGAAGACUUCGAUGUCAGAAACUGAAGUCAAGCAAGCUUUAUACUUGUUAGAUAGAGCAGGGGAGAUGCUAAAAUCAAUUUCAGCCAGGAACUCUGUUAACGGUGACCAAAUUAAUACCAUUGAGCCUGAACUUUUUUUCAUAUACACUUUCUGCUAUUAUGAUAUACAAGGCAGGCUGAAUGACUUGGGAUCUCAACUUCUCAAUGUGAAAAGCUUUGCCAGCUCAAAGGCUUGCAAACCUCACCACCUCCUUCAAAUAGGUCUCUCUGCCUCACAGGGACCACGGUUGAAUCACGAAGUAGCCUGCUUUGCUUUAAAUGAAUGCCUCUCAUCUUUCCUUUCAUCAGCAGCUCCAGAUUAUCAAAAUGUUGCUCUUGUAAUGCGCAAGCUUAUAUCCAAUGCCAGCAUUCACAAGGGUGAUGCAGAUGAUGAUCUUGUAUAUAGCAUGUACAAGCAAGCCUAUAGGAUAAUGGUUGGUUUGAAGGAAGAUGAGUAUCCGAUUGAAGAAGGAAAGUGGCUUGCCAUGACUGCAUGGAACCGAGCAGCAGUGCCAGUCAGGUUGGGUCAGAUUGAAGUGGGGAAGAAAUGGAUGACUGUGGGCUUAGACAUUGCAAAGCAUGUCCCAGGCAUGGAAGCUUACAAAGAAUGCAUGGAAGAAGUCCUUGGCAAUUUGAAGAAAGAACUUUGAUAUGCAUGAAUCUGAAAUCCGGUUUCUAGAAGUUACAAAAUUCAUACAUGUACAGGAAAAAAGUUCAGAAAUGUGUAGAAAACAUAUGGUGUUGAAUUUUGCAUUGGUAGUGUUCAUACAUGUAAGGUUUAUAAAUGUGUGUAUAUGUAUAAGUGGGACUCCUCUCAACUAGUUUUUUCGUACACAUCAAAAUGUAGUAGAUCCUAUGGUAGAACUGAUGGCUCUAGAAGACAAGUCAUAAUUUUUUUUUAGUCUACAAAACGUGUUAUUUCUUUGUUGCCAAAGUUGCAUCUAUGUUGGUCUUUCCAAAAGGAA